AUCCUUCAUGUUUUCUCUAUGGUGAUCUACUCUGUGGCUUUUCUACUGGGGACAACAGGAAAUGGCCUGGUCAUCUGGUUCAGUGUCUUCCGGAUGAAAAAGACAGUCAACGUCGUGUGGUUCCUAAAUCUAGCGAUAGCUGAUUUUAUCUUCACAUUUUUUCUACCACUGAGCAUCACCUACAUUGCCCUUGAUUUUCAUUGGCCAUUUGGAAAAUUUAUGUGCAAGUUAAAUAGUACACUUGCAUUUCUCAAUCUGUUUGCCAGCGUCUUCUUGCUCACUAUUAUCAGCAUUGAUCGCUGUAUUUCUGCCAUUCUUCCUGUUUGGUGUCAGAACCAUAGAACCCCAAGACUGGCUUCCAUUGUUGUCCUGUGUGUUUGGAUCUUGGCUUUUAUUUUCAGUUUACCCUACUUUAUAUUUAGAGAUAUCUAUGAUGACAAUGGGAGAGUGUUCUGCUAUAACAACUUUGCAGAUGAUCCUGAUGUGUCUAUAUCAAGACAUGUGGACACUGUGAUAAUGAGAUUCAUCAUAGGCUUUGCUAUUCCUUUCUCCAUCAUAAUAUCAUGUUACACAGUAAUUGCAUUGCGUAUACAAAGAAAUCACAUGACCACAUCUACCAAGCCAUUCAAAAUUAUUGUAGCUCUCAUUGUUUCAUUCUUUGUCUGCUGGUUUCCUUAUCAUGUAUUCUCCUUCCUUGACGUGUCUGCAAGCUACGGGGCAGAUAUUCAUGAUGUGAUACAAGUUGGAAUUCCACUUACCUCCAGCCUGGCAUUUAUUAACAGCUGCGUUAAUCCUUUUCUCUAUGUCUUCAUUGGGCGGGAGUUUAAGGGAAAAUUCCGGUCCUCUAUCCAGUCUAUAUUUGAGAGAGCUUUCACUGAGGACACUGUGCAGGCAGAUUUACAGUCUAAGACCAAGUCUACCUCUGACUCUCAGAUUCUUUGAAAUUAAACUAGAAAAUAUGUAGACUAUUACCCACACACCAUUAUUCAAUUAAUUUCCAUACAAACAUUUUUAAAGAGAGCUACAUCCACUUCUAAAUAUUUCACCCAGUGUCAUGUCCUUUGUGUAAAAUAGUUAGAAUAGACUAUUUAAAUAAUACAAUAGCACAAAAUGCAGUUAAAAUCAUAGCCAUGCAAAUAGAUUAGGAACAGUGCUGGGAUCAACGUACAGUAGAUAAAUUCAUUGUAGUUUUUUUAGCUUGAAAUCCAAGCAAAAUGUAUGAUAAAGUUGUUCAAAAGACCAGUUAUAUCACAGAGAAGAGAACAUAUGGGGUUUCAUUCAAAUGAUGGUGAUAACCUUAACCCACACCUCCCACAGCCUAAUCCUUACCAUCCCCUCCUACAAUCUAACCCUAAUCAACAUCCCCCCCUCCCCCGCAGACUAACCCUAAGCUCCCCCACCUCCACUGCCUAACCCUAAACCCCCCUAUUGGCUAACCUUAACCCCAGCCCUACUACUUACCUUACAGAUGUGUCAGGAUUUGGGCCAUCAGGAUCCCGUUGUUGGUCUCCCGAUUGCCAGAAUCCAGACUGCCGGAAUUUUGACUCCAUACCAUAAAGAACACAAGAGUAAUAUCUAAAUAUGAAAUUGUUCUAACUGUAGGGUCUGUUUAUGAAAUACAUACAGUAGUUUAAAGUUUAACUGUUGCAGGUAAUUAUACGAUGUAUAAAUGCUGUAAUGCCACUGGUGUAUUAA